AUGUCGGAAAGCAUGCCCUCAGAGCGGUACGACAAUGGCGCAGUCGGUAUUGAAGCAAAUGAACCACCGCGAAAAUCGAAAAAGAGAAAUUCCAAAUUCGAAUCAGUUCUGAAAGAACUAGCAGCGGCGAAGGCCAACAAUGCAUUGUUGAACGAAGAAUGGAGUAAGGCACAGGAAACGAUCAAAUCACUUCAAGCUACUUUGAAUACGCCCAGAAGUGAGGCUAGCGAUGUAAACAGUGAUGAAUUUAAUGGAGAUGUUGGACCAUCGAGCACGCACUUUCUCGCAAAUCAGAGAGAAGCUAGUACAGAAUUAUCACGCUUCAUGUCUUCUGUAAAUCAGAUGUCGGUUUCAUCGGUAACAGUACCAGAGUGCAAACCAUUAGUGGGCAGUGAAGAGAUCGGACGACAGGAUUUUGAAGCAUGGAAGGAGCUACUGUUAGAUUCUAUGCAGCUCGCCGGCAUAGUGGACGAAGCCACGCAGUUUAUAAUAUUCAAGGUCAAGGCCGGACAAAAGCUCCUGGAGAUUUUCAGGAAUACGAAAUCGACCAGCGAGGCUCCAGAUCAGAACGAUCAUCCAUUUUUGAAUGCGAUGUUUCGUUUGAAGGCGUAUUUCACUUCUGGAUCGGACGUCAUGCUGCAAAGAAGAAGAUUAGCUUUAAUGGAGCAGAAACACGACGAAAAUGAUCUGUCAUUUAUUAUGCGGGUUGGCGCAACGGCCAGAUUGUGUGAGUUUGUCGCAGAUAAGGAAUUCGAAGAGAUUGUUAGUACAGUGGCAGAGCAUGCACAUAACCGAGAAGUACGUACGGCUGCCCUUAAACUACUAAGCAGAAAGGGAACAUUUACGGACCUAGUAGAUGAAGUUCGUGAAAUUGAGGCGAUUCGGUUGAACGAGGAAUAUUUCAACAAAAAGCAUGGUAAUCAGAAUCAGGUAACGAUUGCACGUGUAGCCGAAGCAGAGGCUUAUCCACGCUACAGUGGAAGACCGGGUCGUGGUAGGUAUGAUACCCAACACACUCCCAGGGGUGGAGCUGUGUACGCUCGAAAUACGAAUUGGAGAGGAUCAAACAGUUCGAUUCCGCAACGAUGCUUUAGGUGCAAUAGCUUGUAUCACAAAUCGACUAAUUGUUUCGCCAUGGAUAAAAUCUGUCGGAAUUGUGGUGUGAAAGGACACCUACAACGUGCAUGUCGCUCAUUUGUACGAGAGAAAUCUAUGCAGCAACAAGGUGAACGCGUGAGAGAUCAAAAGCUGUCAGAAAUUUCCGCUGUGAGCACGAAAGAGGAGGACAAACUUGAAGAUCAGAUCAUUCCAGAUACCGUUAACGUUCCCCAAAUACACGACCUUACUACUUCCAUGGUUGCGCAGCUAGCACAUGGUCGAGAUGAUGGAGUGAUAAAGGCUUUAGUGUCGGGAUUUCCUUGUGAAUUUCUUAUAGACUCGGGGGCACAAGUUAACACGAUUACCGAGCAGUCGUUCAAGAAGAUAAUCGAGAACGAGGAUUACAAAAAGGGUUUGCAUAACAUGCAAUACGGGUCAGAUCAAACUCUGAAAGCUUAUGCUGUUUCUGGACAGAUACCAGUAAUAGGGAUGUUUGAAGCUUUUUUGUUUGUGUCGGAAGAUAGGCCGGUGUUAUUGGAGAAAUUUUAUAUUGUGAAGGAGUCGCGAUCAUUACUCGGUAGACCUACGGCGACACGCUACUGUAUUCUACUGUUAGGGCUUCAGGUACAGGCAUAUACGGAUGCCUCAAGAGAAUCACAGCACUAUUGUGUCGAUAUUGCGACCAUAUGUUCCGAGAAAGCUUUUCCAAAAUUCAAUAUCCCACCGGUUAUAAUCCGGUAUGACGAAACGAAGCCUCCUUGUAGGAAUAUAUUUUUCAACAUUCCAAUAGCCGUGAAACCACGAGUUGAAGAGAGAUUGCAGCAAUUGGUGGCGGCUAACAUUAUCGAAAAAAUAACAGACGAGAUGGACCAUUCAUUUUGCUCAUCCAUGCUGGUAAUCCCUAAAGGCAAAGAGGAUUUUCGAUUGGUGAUUGAUCUUCGAGGGCCAAAUUAG